AGGCCUGGGGCUAGAAAGAAGGGGAUGUCUCCGUUGUUCCUCCCUCCAGGUGUUGGGUUUCCCAUCCUUCGUCGGAGCCCCAUCCGGAACCCAGCCCGAAAAAGAUGGGGACUCAUCAGAAUCCCCUUCCUCCCUCGUUGCAAUCUCCAUCUGGAGAAAACAACAUCUCGAACAAAAACAAAGCAAACGACAGGAUCCAAAAGAAGAACACCAAAUCUAAAGUACCUGGAUAUAUCGAUCCGCAUUCUCCUCCUCCCCAUUUGCCGGGCUCUCAGAAAUGAUACGCCGAGCAUUGGUGUUGGUGAAAGAAAGACGUGGGAAGAAAAGAAGGGAGAGUAGAAUGUUCAAAGAUAUCCAACGCAUCAAGGCGUGGGAGUCCACCGUCCGGAGGACGCACCAGAAGCAUCAGCCGUCGGCGCGGCGGCGCAGCCUCGUCCUCCCCCCCGUGUCGGCCUCCCCCACCGCCGCCGACGUCGACGACGCCGAUGAUCUCGAUGACGCCACCCUCCACCACGCCGAGCGCCUCCUCCCCAACGGGGACUUCUACACCGGCCAGUGGCACAACAACCUCCCCCACGGCACCGGCAAGUACCUAUGGACCGACGGCUGCAUGUACGAAGGCGAAUGGCGCCACGGCAAGACCAUGGGGAAAGGCAAGUUCAGCUGGCCCUCCGGCGCCACCUACGAAGGCGAGUUCAAGUCCGGCUUCAUGGAUGGCUUCGGCACCUACACCGGCUCCCUUGGGGACACCUACCGCGGCUCCUGGUCCAUGAAUCUCAAGCACGGCCAGGGCAAGAAGUCCUACGCCAACGGCGACUACUACGACGGCGAGUGGCGCUCCGGCCUCCAGGACGGCCACGGUCGCUAUACUUGGAAGAAUGGCAACGAGUACGUCGGCGAGUGGCGCGCCGGCGUCAUCCACGGCCGCGGCACCCUCGUCUGGGUCAACGGCAACCGCUACGACGGCGGGUGGGAGGACGGCUUCCCGAAAGGCAACGGAAGCUUCCGCUGGGCCGACGGCAGCCUCUACGUUGGGUACUGGAGUGAGGAGAACGACGGCAUCCAGCAGAAGGGCGUUUACUACCCGUCGCCCGCCGCCACUUCGCCGACGGCUCGGGAUCCUCAUGCUGCGUUUGCGGCCGACCUCGGCGAUUGCAAGGUUUGCCCGGGCGAGACGGUGUCGAUUCUCCCGUCGCAGAAGACGCCGAACUGGUUGGGAAUGGAGGAGAAUUUCCUACAGAAGCAGGCCGUAUGGAGGCAGUCCAAGUCGAACGACGGCCGGCCGAGAAGGCGGGCGUCGGCCGACACGGCCGGGACCGGUGAGACGCCCAAGAGGACUAAUGGGCACAACAAUAGCAUCAUCGGCGCUGCCGGCAGUUGGGAGGCGGAUGGGGAUUACAAUUGUGAUGCAGAGGAAGGUAGUGUGGCCAGGGGGAGAGGGGCGUCCAGCGACGGGGCUAAUGACUUCAUGGGAGGGCUUAGCCUGGAGGAAACGGAGUCGACGGGAACGGGGAGGUGGUUGCCAAUAAAGUGGCCGCCACCGGAGGUGAAGAAGCAGGGGGAGACUAUCUCCAAGGGGCCCAAGAAUUAUGACCUCAUGCUCAAUCUCCAGCUUGGGAUCAGAGUCCUUUCUUUUGGUGAGGAUUUGGAGGUUGGGGUGGAGGUCACGGCGAUGCCAUGCUCCCACGAGUUCCAUCGGACGUGCCUCGGCAAAUGGUUGGAGAAGAGCCACCUCUGCCCUUUGUGCCGCUUUCCCAUGCCGACUGUGGGCUCACGAGUUCCUCAUCGAGCGACUGGAGUUGGACAAUAGACACAUAUGUUGUUCAUGAUUCAUGUUUGAUUUGGUGCGUUAUGGGUGUAAUUGAUGCAUCCUGCUUUGUAUAUUGAGUUUUGAUACUGUAAAGAUGUAUUAUUUUUCUCAUUUAAUUGAUUGGAAAUCAACAUUAUCUAUACUGUGUCUAUUCUGCUCUUCAAUAGUGUUGAAUUUUGAUAAUCUUGGA